CAAAUCCUCGUUGUGUCAGGCCGGUCUCCGUGGAGACAGGCUGCUGAGGGAGCCCCGUCGUGGCGGCCGAUGGAGCCUCGCCUAGUGGGACCGGGGCCUUACCGAGCGACGCGCCUGUGGAAUGAGACUAUUGAACUCUUUCGAGGUGGCAUGCCGCUACGAAAGCAUCGUUGUCAUUUCAGAAGCUAUGAGCGUUGCUUCACAGCAUCUGAAGCAGUAGACUGGCUGCACAGCCUGCUCAGGCACAACCAGAAUUUUAGUCCAGAAGUAUCCCGUACUCAAACAGUUCAGCUCCUUAAAAAGUUCCUGAAGAAUCAUGUAAUUGAAGAUAUCAAAGGAAGAUGGGGCAAAGAGGAUUUUGAAGACAACAGUCAUUUGUACAGAUUUCCUCCUUUCUCACCAUUGAAACCAUACCCGAAACGAUCCCUGUUCCGAGAAGGAAUUGUUAAGUUUCCAAACUGGGAUGAUAUUGAAAAAGAUACUUUCCAAGAACACAUACCAAUGAAUCCAAUCAAGUUGAACUCUGAAAUGUGGUUCAAACGUCACAGUAUAGCAAUUGGAGAGGUACCAGUGUGUAGACUUGUACACCGUCGACAGUUAACAGAGGCAAAUAUAGAAGAUAUAUGGAAAUCCAUGACACUAUCGCACUUGCAAAAAAUUUUAGGCUUGGAUUCCCUAGAAGAUGUGCUGGACACCAAACUUGUGAACCCGAAGCAUAUAAUCCAGAAUGUGUAUCAUAUCAACAAGCAAGGAGUUGUCAUUUUAGAAGAUAAAUCAAAAGAACUACCUCACUGGGUGUUGUCGGCAAUGAAGUGUCUGGCAAAUUGGCCCAGGUGUCCAGAUCUGAAACAACCUACUUACUUGGGAUUUGAAAGAGAUGUCUUCAGAACUAUAGCUGAUUACUAUGGCCACAUGAAAGAGCCUCUUCUUACUUUCCAGUUUUUUGAUGUCUUUGUCAGUGUGUUAGGACUCCUCCAGAAGGAGACAUUGGCCACCGAAGCCCUGCAGCUUUGCUGUCUACUUCUGCCACCGGAAAAUCGCCGGAAAGUACAGCUGCUGAUGACUAUGAUGGCCAGGAUCAAUAUGAAUAAGGAUCUGCCACCUCUCUGCGAUACAGUCGGAACAAGAGCACUGAUGGUUCAAACCUUUUCUCGCUCUAUUCUUUAUUCCAAAGAUGAAGAGGUCUUGGAUGAAUUGUUGGCGACUAAACUAGUAUCAUUUUUGAUGGACAAUUAUCAGGAAAUCUUAAAUGUCCCUUGUGUCUUAAAAGCUACGAUUGAGGAGCAUGUAACCCACCUUCGAAGAGUCCAGAUAAAAUAUCCAGGAGCAGAUACCGAUGCCACUGUACCUCCACCAUCAUUUUGUCAUCAGAUCAGCACUGAUGAAUUUGAAUACCAGAGAACAAAUGGCUAUCAAGAGCCACUGGCAAGCUUGCUGGAAGAAAUUGCAAAGGAUACAGGAGUGUCUGUCAAAGAGAAGAAGAAGAAAUUGAAGCGGUUUCAGAAAUCCUACCCUGAGGUAUACAAGGAGCGAUUUCCUACCCCUGAAAGUGAAGCUGUCCUGUUUCCUGAAAAAAGUAAACGGAAACCAAUGCUGCUGAUGUGGGCAUUUAAAAGACCUUUCCAGCCAUUUCAAAGAACGAGAAGCUUUCGAAUGUAGGAGUUGGGUUGCAUCUCAGUCAUGGAUUAGUUUACAGCUGGAACAGCUGAAAAUAUUUUUAACUGCUGAAAACAUGGUUAAAAGGGAAAACACUGGGGCCGGAAACUGCUAGACUGAGCCAUUAUCAGUAUUUUUUUUGUUGCUGUUGUAAAUGUCAUGUCUUUCUGGAAAAGAUGUAAACGUUUUCUAUCUGCAAUUACUGUAUAACCUCAACAUCUGGAAACCUGGUCAUCUUAAAAGGGAAACUACUAGACACAGUUGAAAAAUACUGUAAAAUAUUACAUGUACUUGAAUGAAUCUGAAACACUGGAUCUCGUUCUGCGUGGCUAGCAGUAGACCAAGUAGCCAAAAUUGUCCUACUGAUUUCAGUGGUGGUGGUGGGAAGCCUGGGGUUUUUUGCAUGGCUAAGAUGGAAUGCUCAGUUUUAGUAAUGGGUUUCAAACCAAGACAUGUAGCAUGAGAUCUGCUUAGGUACUGCUGUGUGAGCUGUGGGAAAGUAUUACGGGAUGUAGGCUACUGUGAAUGUAGGGGGGGAGGUAUGUUAAACCCCCUCCCUUCCAUGUGGGUGGGCAGAAAGUGGCACAAUGAGUAGUAACAUUUUUGCUACUCUUAUACAGGCAGCUUAUAGUUCCUGUUAUAUGUAUAUAUGGACUGUUUUUUGUCAAAAGUCUGUACUUUUGUAAAGAUGUGCAUUGCUUCUGAUAUUGCAGGGCUUGUAUCAAUACCACUUUGGAGUGAACAGGGAAAUGGCUUGCACUCUUGAAAUUAUGAUGUUGAGGUCACUAUGCUUGAUCUCGGGAACAUAUGAAGAUCCCCGGUUGAUCAGACCAGUGGUCCCUCUAGUGCAGUGGUUCUCAACCUGGGGGUUGGGACCCCUUUGGGGGUCGAACGACCCUUUCACAGGGGUCGCAUAAGACUCUGCACCAGUGUUCUCCAUCUGUAAAAUGGAUAAAUGUUAGGGUUGGGGGUCACCACAACAUGAGGAACUGUAUUAAAGGGUCGCGGUAUUAGGAAGGUUGAGAACCACUGCUCUAGUGCAACAUCCUGUUCUACACAGCUGCCAACAAAGAUGGUGUAGAGGCAAAGUCCCUCCUCGAUAUGGCCUCCUAACACUGAAUUUCAGUGGUUUUCUGCCUCUUGAGUAUGGAGGCUCCCCUAACUCACCAUGGCAAGUAGCCAUUGAUGGGCAUCUCCUCCAUGAAUCUUUGUAAUCCACUUUUAAAGCCCUGUGUUCUCAUGGCCAUCAGUACCUCCACUGGCAGUGAAUUCUACUGUUUAAUCACUCAUUGAGUGAAGGAGAAUGUCCUUUUGUCUGUCCUUAAUCUGUCACCUGUCUUCCUUACUAUUUAUGUCUUGGCUGCAGAGAACCCACCAAUCAAACUAGAAGGUUCUAGUGCAUCUCUCCUACCCUGCCCUUAUUGCUAUUUCUAAAUUUUAUUUUAUUAGGUUUGCUAUCCCACCCUUUCCUAGCCUAAGGCCAGGCUCAGGGCAGUGAACAGAUUUAAAACAACAUCUCAUAACACAAAACAAAAUUUAAUAUACAGAAGUAACGUUCCUUGUUAUUAAUAUGAUUUAAAAUAUAUACCUACAGAUAACAUCAACUUUGACCUCAAAAUAGCAUUUGAGCAAGUGCCACAUGCACUUAUAUGGCAAGCGCUCCAGUCUCAUGGUAUUCCUGAAGAGUAUGUUCAAUGGGUACAAUUACUGUACUGUAAAGCCACCAAUCAAGUUCAAUGUCCAGCAGGGAUUUCACCACCAUUCACUAUAACUGUUGGCGUUCACCAGGGCUCAGCACUUUUGCCUCUGCUAACUAUUCUUUGCAUGGAUACAGUAACAGCUGAUUUACAAAUGCCACAUCCUUGGACACUACUUAAUGCAGAUGAUGUGGCUCUUGCUAACCAAUCAUGUACAGCUCUUCAACAACAAACACAUGAGUGGAACAAUAGAUUAUCUGAUUAUGGAGUAUGGCUAAAUUUACAAAAAACAGAAUACCUCAAAUGUGGCCCUCAAACAGAUGUAACAAUGCAAAAUGGCUAGGACUUGAAGAAGACCACCCAAUUUAAAUAUCUCGGAUCCCUGGCCACAGCAGAUGGGGAUGCCCUACCAAAUGCUUGAUCUAGAGCUAAUGGAUGAAGUAAUGGCAAACCACAAGAGUCCUGUGUGACAAAAGAAUACCUGAACAUCUGAGGGCAAAAGUGUACACCACAGUUAUCCACCCUGUGGCCCUAUGGAACAGAAUGUUGGCCAACAACUCGGAAACAUGAAUAAACUCUUCAUGUGAUAGAAAUGAAGAUGCUCCGGUGGAUGCUUGGCCUGACACUUUUCAAUCGUGUUACAAAGACAUACAACAAAGACUUGGAAUUACACCAAUAACAAAGAAAAUGAGGGAAGCACAGCUCCAGUGGUACGGGCACGUUAUGCAACAGGAGAAGACUUCUGUUGGAAAAAUGGCCAGGAGGCCACGGCCCACGUGGCUAGCUGCAUCUUUGCAAGUUAAGCCCAUAAGAGCCUAAUCCAUCCAAUGUACAAAAGACAGCAGCAGAGAAUCACCACUAUAGCAAGUGCCAAGGAAUUCUACAAGAACAAUAAGGAUUUGCUUAAAAAUAUCUAGUUGUUGAAUUCGUGGAAUGUAAGAGAAAAUUGAUAAAAUAGAUUAAAAUGUUAGAUAUUAAAAGCAAUAGAGGAACAUUAGAUGUCAGUUUCAAUUAGAUAAUUUACUGGAGGAGAUGACCUAGGAGGAAAGGAAACAUAUUGUAUAAAAGCCUUCAAUUUUGAGAACUAUGUUAGGGAGAUAAGGCUGUAACAAGGUAUGUCUGUACUUUUUUUAAAAAAAAAAAAUCUGAACUGGGUUCAAAUUAUUUGUUAGCAUUUUAAAACUUUGAUACCAAUGAAAAAUUUACUAUACAGGGGCUAAUUUUGACAGUGAACAAUUGUUGUUUUUACUUAUGUUGUUUUAGUUGUACAGAGUGACUGGUUCACUAAUGUCUACCUUCCUGUGUUAGUUUUGUUGUCACUGUUAUAAAAUCAAUAAAAAAAGAAAAUGCAGGAAAAGGCCCAAGUAACAAGAGUGAUGUUGAAUUAAAAGGUCAGUGUUGGAAAGAGGAGUGAAUUUGGCCUCCAAUGAAGUUUCACACUUGUCAUUAAACAAAUCUAAAUUUUUAGGUGUUUUUAGACCAUAGAUCUGUCCCACACCACACCUCCUAGAACUGGAUUUAGGAUGAACUUGUGACGUAAGAAACAAGGCAUAAAAGUUUCAUGUAAAGUGAUCACUGUACUUAAGGGAUUGUGCUGUAAAUGUAUGUUCUGAAUUUAGCCAGGUCUUCUUGUCUUGUAGAACAUUUCAAGCAUUAAAUUGUUCGUGGUUUUAA